AUGGGAAUAACGCUGAAACUGCUAGUGAACAAAGAAUCAAAGAAAGUGGUUUAUGCAGAGGCAGGCAAGGAGUUUGUGGAUUUUUUACUGGGUUUAAUGGAUCUUCCACUUGGUUCAAUCCUUAGGAUUCUGAGUAGCUUAUCUCUUGGCAAAAUAUAUGAGAGUGCUAAGUCUAUUGAGGGUUCUAUCUCCAGAAACAUGAAGUCCGUGAAUCUAUCCUUAACCCUAAACAUACCUCCAAUUCUAAGUAGUAGAAGCAGCAGCAGCAACAUAAACUACUCAUACUCCUCUUCACAACAAACUGAUGAAGUAGAUGGGUAUGUUAAAGGCGCGGUUGCGUACAUGGUGAUGGAUGAUCUGACAAUAACACCCUCCUCCAUCUCUAGCAUUAAUCUCUUUAAAACUCAUGGUAUCAAAGACAUGUGCACUCUUCAAGAGAUGAUUGUCCAGGUCCACGCUGAAAAGGCCUUAAACCUAGUAAGAGCUGCAUUCGGGUCUAGCACGGUGCUUACUGAUAUAUUCAUUGGCAAGGCUCCCAGUGUUAAACCUACCAACAGUUCCAAGACUUGA